CUCUUUCCCUCUCUCUUUACAUGCAUCCCUCUAUAUCCUACCCAACUGGCACUUAGCACAUAUGGGUGGAGAGUCAGGACAAAACUAGUCUAGGAUUUGAGUCCGAUUCUCUUGGUUUUCUCCAACACUUUAUCCAACUUGUUGCUGACCCCAAACCAAAACUAUACAGCCACGUUGCCACGCAGUUAAUAAUAGGCCACACCAUGUAUUGCCAUGUUUCAUCAAACUCUUUUUUUUAUCCUUUUUACCACUCUUCUCUUCAUCAUAAAUUGGAGGGUAAGUGAAUAACCAACCUACCCCUUUUAGAUUUCAUUCCUUUGGGAGCAGCCAAGGAAAGGAAGAUGAAUGCAUUGGCAUCAUCACAAUGCAGCAGCGGGUGUGAGUCUGGUUGGACUCUAUACCUGGAGCAAUCUGUCCAGCUGAAUCACAAUGCCUUUUCACAUGCAAGUUCCCAGUUUGAUGGUGAAGAUAACGACGAAUACAAAGACAAGAAAGCCAAAAAGGAGGAGGCUGAGGAAGAGGACCUGUCCAUGGUCUCUGAUGCUUCUUCUGGGCCUCCACACUUGCCAGAUGCACAAGAUAAUGGCAGCUUUUACUCUGCAUCUAAGGCAGCAAAACUUGGCAAGAGAAGUAAGAAGAGGCAGAAGGUUAAGGAAUACCAACACCUUCCUUCUUUUCUUGAUGACACUGCUAGCUCUUCUGUCUUUGAUUUCUCCAUGAACAAUGUCACAGUGACCAACCAACAAACUUCCACAGAGAGCAUGCUAGAUUACUCACAAGGUUUCUCUGCUACUUAUUAUGAGGAGAGAUCCUCGUUGCAAGACCAGUUCGGCUUUUUAGAACCAUCCCUGUCAGAAAAUGGAGUUGAAAACAACAAGCAAAUGCUUCUUCUGUACACUGGCCAAUCUUCAUGACUAUAUCCCCCAGAAGUAUUUUAAUUUAUCAUGUGACCGCUCCAUUGCAUUCUGUUCUUGACAAAUAUGGUACGGAAGGAAAGAGAUGGGGAUGACAUAAAGAUCAGUUCUGUUUCUACUAAUAGUUAUCUCUGCAAUUCAACUUGGUGCGGCGGAAGAUACAGAAGAUCCAUGAAGGGCACAGAAUCAAUAAUGAUGUAGAAGGAAGCUGACAUCAAAAGGGAUUCUGUUCCUUUGUUUUCUUUUAUCGUAUAUUUUAACUGUCAAUGCAGUGAUAAACAACCUGAAAGGAAAAUUUGGAAAUGAACCUUUCUUUUCCUUUUUCUUUGAUGAUCUAGUUUUCUUGUCAAAGAAUAGUGCACACAAGAUAGAUAAGUUAGGCAGGUUCUGUGUAAUGAAAACAUGCUCAAUUUUUGUUUUUGACGAAGUCCCAUGCUCAAUUUAUAUAAGCAAAGCAGCACAAGCAACUUUUUCCAAAAAAAUAUUUAAUUUUUCAACAGCAUAUUGUCCAAAAACAAAAUGACCAAACUUUUGUUUUUGUCGUCCGGGUAUAACAUACCAACGCGAACAACUUUUUCACACCAAGGACUAUAGUUGCAGAUCCCUGGUAAUGUUUAAGUGGAGUGGAACUUGUGUCCGUGUUCAAAAUUCAGGGGGGGGCAGAGUUACCUGCUAACAGUGCUUUGGAAAUGAAAAAUUUCUUAAUAGAUAAGUGCAAUGAAAUCUCGGGUUUGACAACGUGGUCCUCAAUCUUUGUGUGUAGUUUACAUCUCAGUUAAGCACAUACUAGUCAUCUUAAAUGAGUCCAAAGUGAUACUGC